AUGGCUACCGUCCAGCAGUUGUUAGCGAGCCCGGGCGCAACGGCAAGCCCUGGGUCAACGUCGGGUUCCCCCAAAGUUAUCAAGAUGGAGAUUGAAAGGGCCAGCCAGAGCCCGUCCCUUCACAACGGGAAUGCCUUCGGCGGCGGCACCCCCCAGACCGGUGAUCAUCGAGUAGUGGUCAUCGUGUAUGGCCAGGGCCAGGACCUGAUUGUGUCCGUUUUUGCGGAGGUACUUGGGAAACCGUACAAGAUGAGGGACAGUUUCAAGGAUGUGGGCCACGAGGAGCGUGGACAUGUUGUUGGUAUUCUCGCCGCGGACGCCAAAUUGGACGUCGAGUUCAGGAAUUCGGAGCAUGUCGUCGCCAUCAACGCUCACUGCACGGGGCUCGGGAUGCCACCCGACCUCCAUCUAUCUGCCCACUGCGAUUACGAGUUCCUCUACACCGAAUCGCCUUUCUUCAGACGUGACCUGGCUCGCUUCACAUCCUUCACCUUGGGUCAAAUCAGCCACCACAAGGAGCUCAUGGAGAAACCCCGAACUUAUUUCAUCUCAACCACUUUCCCCGAUGUUAGGGCAGCUUUACCCAAUAUUGAUAUCCUCACUGUGGGGGCUGACGCCGUUGAGAUCCGCGUGGAUCUGUUACGGGAACCGUUGGCAGAUGGCUCCUUUUCCCAGGUCCCCAGCCUAGCAUAUGUUGGCGAACAGGUGAUGCUCCUUCGACAGAGGACAGAGCUACCCCUCAUAUUCACCACGAGGUGUACCCGUGAAAAUGGCAGAUUUCCAAUGGAUGAUCCCGAGCUGUACUAUAAAUACCUCUACCGGGCAAUCCAGUGGGGAGUAGAAUAUAUUGAUGUAGAGCUUUGGUUACCAGAACCUAUGCGACAGAAGCUCUAUGAGAACAGGGGCAGCUCUCGCAUAAUGUCGGCUUUCCAUGACUUUACGGGCAAUUUUAGGUGGCCAUCGUCCUAUGCAUACGACGUGUUCCGGCGCUCCUCCCAAUACGCCGACAUCGUGAAGAUGAUUGCUAUCAUCAACGAGCAUAACGAGAACUUCGAGUUGGAGUAUUUCAGAUCCAAAGUUCGAUCGGAGCACCCCGAGGCUCCACCACUGUCGGCUGUCAACAUGGGAGAGACGGGCCAGUUCUCACGAACGUUGAACAAGGUAUUCACCCCUGUCACACAUCCCCUACUUCCUAUCAUCGCCGCGCCGGGCCAGAUGAGUACUGCCGAGAUCAAUGCCGCCCUUUCUUUGCUAGGCCAAUUACCCAAGAAGAACAUAUAUGGGAUUAGCAGUGUUGCCUCGCGAAGCGCCACGCCGUUGGCCCCUUUCUAUGAGAAAUGCUUGAACGAGCUUGGCCUACCGCAUCAUUUUGCCAUCGUCGAGCGCCAUCCAGGUAACCCGGGCAGCAUCGAACCCUUCUGUAACCAAAAGGGUUUUGGCGGUGCAUACCUGGAUCCAGGCUUCUCUCACCAUUCUCUGCUCAAAGCCAGCCCCUUCUUCUCUAGUUUAAACAAUGGAAGCGGGCCUAACCUCACCGAAGCAGCUCGUGUAAUCGGGAUUUUCGACACCAUUGUGGUUCAGUCUGCUUCAUCUUCAACCUCCAACUCGUCACCUCCCUCCGUUCCUUCGAGUCCCCACCGCCGUGCACAUGAUGGUCAUGGGCCUGUUUACCACCAUUCGGCGUUACCUCCUAAUACAACACUUAUUCUUGAUAAUGCCAGCUGGAAAGGCAUAAUGAGUGCUCUUACUCGCGACCUUGCUCCUUCUGCAUACGCUGGCAGGUCCGCUGUUGUCUUAGCUUCGACCUCGGAUGACGCUGCGGCGGUGUUCUACGCGAUGAAGGCCUUGAGGAUCGCAAAGAUCUAUACUAUUGGUUUCAGGACACCUUCAUCGCUGGCGAGGAACGCACCACCUAUUGAGCAGUUUAUCAGUCUCGAAAGCCUCCAGCGUGCACGGUCCGUCGCCGAUGAAACCGCUCCCUUUGUGAUCGUUUCCGCCCUGGGACCAGAUAAGAGCCAUCUUGUAGGCAUGAUGAUUCGAGCAUUUGGGGCGGUGGGCGGCCAUGUGUCAAACACGAAGAAAGUAUUCCUGAACCUUGCUGACGAAGCGACGUGGAAUAAGAGCGACCCUGGCACAGUUGCCGAGAAAAGUGGCUUCACCGCGUAUGGAGCGGCAGACGUGGCAGCGUUUACAACGGUUGAGAGUCUGAGGCUCUUGAUUGGGCAGAAUGUGCCUUAUAGUUUUGUAAGGCUUGCCAGUGGUAGAAGCCUCUUCUGA